AUGAUGAAGGAGGCGUUUGUUAAUAUUUGUAAUGUACCAACUCGUAUCAUCACCUAUGGUGGCUGGGUGGAAGAAUCUGUGGACGAUGUUCGAGAAGUAGCCAUAUGUAUAACUGGAAAUCCCGGUCUACCUGGCUUCUAUGGCGAAUUCUGUGAAACUUUGCAUGAACGUCUCGAAAAGAAAAUGCCCGUUUGGGUAAUUGGACAUGCUGGCCAUGAUGAUCCUCCCGAAAAUAGCCUUCGUGAAGUACCUCAACUUAAAGGCAAUGAAGAACUUUUCGAUUUGGAUGGGCAAAUUCGUCACAAAAUCGAAUUCAUUGAAAAAUAUGUCCCCGAAAAUGUAAAAAUCCAUUUAAUGGGCCAUUCAAUAGGAGCAUGGAUGGUUCUACAACUUCUACGAAAUGAAUCCAUACGCAAACGUAUCAAAAAAUGUUAUCUGCUCUUUCCCACCAUCGAACGAAUGAUUGAAUCACCAAAUGGCUGGACCUUCACAAAAAUUGGUUUGCCAUUAUAUUCGGUUUUUGGUUUCCUUAUUGCCUUGCUAAAUCGCUUGCCUAAACUUUUACUAGUUCUGCUAGUACAAAUCUAUUUUUGGUUUUCAUCCAUACCCAGUAAUCAUUUAAACACCGUAUUGGGUUACAUAAAGGCUACUGUUACCGAAAAAGUAGUAUUUUUAGCUGAAGAUGAAAUGGCUCGUGUCUGUGGCUUACAAAAGGAUAUAAUCCGCGAUAAUAUGCCGUUGCUGAAGCUUUACUAUGGCACAACUGAUGGCUGGGUUCCGGUAAAAUACUAUAAUCAAUUGAAAGAACAAUUUCCCGACAUUGAUGCUCAAUUGGAUACCAAGAAAAUUGAUCAUUCAUUUGUGUUGCGUCAUUCGAAACAAAUGGGAGAGAUUAUUGGUGAUAUGAUUAUUGAAAAUUCGGAAAUACUGGGCACGAAAUAAGAUAGGCUGUAUGAA